CCGAGAAAACAUUUUAGAAUAAAAGAAACAUUUUAUUCAGCACAGGCAAAACAAAACAAAAACAACAAAACAAAAAAUGUUUAAAAUGGACUUUUAGUUAGAGGUAGCCGUUUCACAGUCAAAAUUAUCCCAGAGAAUUGUUUAUAUUAAAAACAGGCUGAGAAUAGUUUGACCUCUGAUCACCAAAAAACCUGGAGGAUAAACAUUCAUCUUGUCAAGAUUUCUCUGGAAAACCCCUGCGCGGCUUCAAAGAGACAGAACAAAGGUAAAUAGCAUCUGCCACCCAAAUUUUGCUGAAUAGAGUGAUUUAUCUUCAGGCCUACUAGCCGGCGACAGGAGCGCACCUCCUCCCUUCUCCUAGCUGUCCCGGGUUUAUUCAUUCCCUGAGCCUGAAUCCUGAUAAGGGAGCAGAGUAGGGUUUAAGACCUCGGGCCCCAGAAUACACCACUGCAAUUGAAUUUUGGUUCCACCUUAAGGUAAACUACGCAGCUGCUGUGAGCCUCAGUUUCCCUACCUAUAGAAAGAGGAUCGUAGUGGGGAUUGUUGCAGGUGUUAAAUGAGAUUGUACGGAGGGUGGAGCAGUGCCUGGCGUGUGGUAAAUGCUCAAGUUAACGCGGGUAAAUGCUCAAGUUAACGCCUGAGGGGUUUCCUUCGGCGCGCCACUUGGCCUUCUCUUUCUAAAUAUUAGCAUAAUAAAUAUAAAUGGACCCAGAACGCGAGGAGGCAGGGGCCACGUGAUCGCUCCACGAAAGCCACUUGUAGGGACCUUUAGAGAGUUAGCAAUAAGGUUGGAGAAGGAAAAGCCGGCGCGCCCGCAGCCCGCGCGAUUUCCCGCCGCGCCCGCGUCCCCGGCGGCGGGCGGGCUCCGGGGGCGCCCGGGCCGCGGCGGCGGCGGCGGCGCGAGCUGCGCCUCCGGGCCGGUGAAUCAUCCCGGCAGACACCGAGAGCCGCGGCAGCAGAGAGCAGCGCUGAAACAUGGCUGAAGCGGCCACGGGCUUUCUGGAGCAGCUUAAGUCCUGCAUAGUUUGGUCUUGGACGUAUCUGUGGACCGUGUGGUUCUUCAUCGUACUAUUCCUGGUCUACAUCCUGCGGGUGCCUUUGAAAAUCAACGACAAUUUGAGCACAGUGAGCAUGUUUUUGAACACAUUAACACCGAAGUUCUACGUGGCCCUAACAGGCACUUCCUCACUAAUAUCAGGGCUUAUUUUGAUAUUUGAAUGGUGGUAUUUUCGCAAAUAUGGAACUUCAUUCAUUGAACAAGUCUCAGUAAGCCACUUGCGCCCCCUUCUGGGAGGGGUUGACAACAACUCUUCCAACAAUUCUAAUUCCAGUAACGGGGACUCAGAUUCCAAUAGGCAAAGUGUCUCAGAAUGCAAAGUAUGGCGAAAUCCACUAAAUUUAUUUAGGGGUGCUGAAUAUAAUCGGUAUACUUGGGUGACAGGACGAGAGCCUCUUACUUACUAUGACAUGAAUCUCUCUGCCCAGGACCACCAGACAUUCUUUACUUGUGACUCGGACCAUCUGCGUCCUGCAGAUGCAAUAAUGCAGAAAGCCUGGAGAGAGAGAAACCCCCAAGCUAGGAUUUCUGCAGCUCAUGAAGCCUUGGAGAUAAAUGAAAUUAGGUCCAGAGUUGAAGUUCCCCUAAUUGCUUCCUCUACCAUCUGGGAGAUAAAAUUGUUACCAAAGUGUGCAACUGCUUAUAUUCUCUUGGCUGAAGAGGAAGCAACAACCAUUGCUGAAGCAGAAAAACUAUUUAAGCAGGCCCUGAAGGCUGGAGAUGGCUGUUACCGACGCUCUCAGCAGCUACAACAUCAUGGAUCCCAGUAUGAAGCCCAACAUAGACGAGACACCAAUGUCUUGGUGUACAUCAAAAGAAGGCUAGCAAUGUGUGCCAGAAGACUCGGGAGGACCAGGGAAGCAGUGAAAAUGAUGAGAGAUUUAAUGAAGGAGUUCCCCCUUCUGAGUAUGUUCAAUAUCCAUGAAAACCUUUUAGAAGCCCUUCUGGAACUACAAGCGUAUGCUGAUGUUCAGGCAGUCUUAGCAAAGUAUGAUGAUAUAAGCUUACCAAAGUCAGCAACAAUAUGCUACACAGCUGCUUUGCUCAAAGCAAGAGCUGUCUCUGACAAAUUCUCUCCUGAGGCUGCAUCUCGGCGGGGCCUGAGCACAGCAGAGAUGAAUGCAGUAGAGGCCAUUCAUAGAGCUGUGGAAUUCAAUCCUCAUGUGCCAAAAUACCUACUAGAAAUGAAAAGCUUAAUCCUACCCCCAGAACAUAUCCUGAAGAGAGGAGACAGUGAAGCAAUAGCAUAUGCAUUCUUUCAUCUUGCACACUGGAAGAGAGUGGAAGGGGCUUUGAAUCUUUUGCAUUGUACGUGGGAAGGCACUUUUCGGAUGAUCCCUUAUCCGUUGGAAAAGGGGCACCUAUUUUAUCCUUACCCGAUCUGUACAGAGACAGCAGACCGAGAGCUGCUUCCGUCUUUCCAUGAAGUCUCAGUUUACCCAAAGAAGGAGCUUCCCUUCUUUAUUCUCUUUACUGCUGGAUUAUGUUCCUUCACAGCCAUGCUGGCCCUCCUGACACAUCAGUUCCCGGAACUUAUGGGGGUCUUCGCAAAAGCUAUGAUUGACAUUUUCUGCUCGGCAGAGUUCAGGGACUGGAAUUGCAAGAGUAUUUUCAUGUGUGUUGAAGAUGAACUGGAAAUCCCUCCGGCACCUCAAUCUCAACAUUUUCAAAACUGAACUCAUCACUCUUCUUCCCCCACCACCAAAACUGCUCCUCUUCCUGUAUUCCUGACCUCCGCCAUCCACCCCAUUGCUCAAGCCAGAAACUCGGCAGCCCUUCCAAACUCUUCCCUCUCUCACUCCCCACAUCCCAUCUGUCUCAGCCUUCACAGUCUGUCAGUUCUAACCUCCUAAGCAACUAGGCCUUCAGUAAAUGUGAUUCACCUCUUCUUUCCCUCCUUUUCCCAAAGCAUCCCUCUUAGUCUAGGUCCUUGUUAUUUCUUGCCCGAACUCCUGCCGUAGUCUUAACUGGUCCCCUUGCUUCCUGUCUUAUCCUCCACCAGUCUUUCUUUUAUACUGACACAAGAAUGGUCUUUCUGAAUUGCACAUCUGAGCAUGUCACUUUCCUGCUUAAAUUUCUCUAGUGGUUUCCCACUGACUUCAGAUCAAGUCCCAGCUGUUCAGCAUGGCAUCCAAGGCUCUUUAUGAUCUGGCCCUUGCUUACCUCUCAGCCUUAGUUCUCCCAACUCUUGCACAGUCACUGCUCUUCAGCCAUAGUGGAUCACUCACCAUUCCCAGAUGCACCGGGCUCUCGCACACCUCUGCGCCUUUGCAUGUGCUGUUUGCUGUGCGUGGAAUGCCCUUCACUGUCACCACCCUGCUCAUCCACUCUACUAAUGCCUCUUCAUUCUUUUGUACUCAGCUUUCUUUAAAGUUCUUCUAAGCUGAGUUAGGUGUCUGUCCUUUAUGAUCCCGCAGUAUUCCAUGAAUACGUAUAUUCUCACAUUUAUUGUACUGUAUUAUAAUUGUUGAAAACUUGUCUGUCCCAUUUAGAAUGUGAGCUCCUUGAGAGCAGAAUGGUGUCUUCUUUAUCUCUGUAUCCCCAAGGCUUUGCACAGUGCCUUGCCCAUAGUAGGUUUUCAAUAAAUGAUUAUUAAAUAAAUAAUAAAUGGUAGUGGUCUCUGCAGAAAGAAUCAAUGGAAAAAUCAGAUACAGCUUAGCAUUUUUUUUUCUCUUCUUGUAUACUUAUAAUCAUAGCCUCUUUGAGUUGAAAGGGACCUGAAGCAAAUUGCCUUUAACAGCAACCCUGAGUGGAGGUCACCUAGACUCAUCUUGAAUACUUUCAGUGAUGGGGCACUCACAUAUUUAUAAACGUCAAAGCCCAUUUGAUUAUUGGAUGACUCAGAACUUUUCCUUGUACUGUAAAAAUCUGCCUCCCUUUGGUUUCCACUUAUUCCUAUUCUAUAGUGAGGGUACACCAAACAGCCCUCCUUCCUCUUGCAAAUUCUUAGGACAGCUCACUCAUUCAUGGCCACCUCUAACCAACUACUUGCUUUUUCCUCCAGGUAGAAUAUCUUACAUUUCCUUAAGUCUUCUGUGCAUGACAUGAUUUCUACACCCAUUAUCACCCAUAUUGCUGCCUUGGAUGUUCCUUAGUUUAUGGGCCUAUACUACUUGUUAUUUUCUUCUACUCCCUAGCCAAUCUCUGAGUAAAAGUAGUUGCCAAAACUCUGAGUAGAGUGUGACUUAGUAAAAUUUAAAAUAAGAAUAUAUUUACAUUAAACAAUUAUUGCUCUUUUAUGUUUUCUGUUUUUCUGUUAAACAUUUGUAGAGCAUAUUUGUAAAAAUAUGUCAUUAGUGCAGUAUUCUUCAUUAAACUAACUGUAAUAGCACUUGGUGGGAGUUGUGAAUCAGUAGAGAUUCCCAGCCUUCAGUCUGUGUAUUCACCUGGCUGCACCACCAGAAAUCCAAAAUCUUGAGUAUUAGCAGGAGGAAUCUGUAUUUUUCACAAAGCCCCUAGCAUAUUCUGAGGAUGGAGAUUGAGGGCAUUCUCCCGUCUCCUUCCAGGGACACUGCUUGGAAAGCUGAACCUUCAAGCAGCCACUUGCAGCUGCAUGGUGUGCCGUCAGAGCUGUUCAGGUGGAAGCUUUUCAGGAAUCAGUGAUUUCCCUGGCUGUACCUUGGAAUCAUCGAAAAACUUAAAAGUUACUGAGGCCUGUCCCCACAACCCGAACUUUCUUGGUCUGGGGUCAGCAUGGGCAACUCAGUUGUCAAGCACUCCCCUGGUGAUGCGGAUGUACAACCAGUGUAUUGAAUGGAAUGAAUAAUUGCCUGAGCCUGCUUUAACCAGCAAGGGGAUUGGGAAUGCAGAGGAAGGAUAGUGACUAGAAUACACCUGGGUGUUCUCUAGGACUGGCCGUACAGCUGUGCUUCCAGAGUAUCGGAGAGGGGUGUUCAUUAAGGAUGCGGGACAGGACUCCACUCGCCUCAUUUCAUGUUUUCAAAGCUUUGGUUUUGAGUAUAGCAUCAAAUGAUUGAAUAAAAUAUAAAUCUGCCUUUAGGGUCCUCAUAUUUUCUGCUCUACCAAGGUGUGGUAGUUUGGUCAGCUCCCCAUAGUUUUCAAAUGUACUUUAGAUAAGUUUGCAUUUCAACCUCUAUCUGGAGAAUCACAUUUAUCUUGCCCUUCAUUAAGGUCUAGCAGUUUCCAAAACGUCUGUAGAGACUGUAUGGGGAAGGAAGAUGGAUGGCCUGAAUGAGACAAGCCCCUUCUCCCGCCGCCUCCUCGACCUGCCCCCAGAGUCUUCUCUGCAUCUUCACCCUGGUCGCUUCAUCAGGCCCCUCCUGAAGCUCCCACCCCACACCCCACACCCCACACCCCGCAGGUUAUCGCAACUGCCCUAGAGGCUGCCUGCGACCAUUUGCAGCUUGUGAAAGUGAUUUUCUAAGCCCUUUGCUGAGAUAAUGUCCCUGGGACAAUGACCUUUAGUAGAUGCAGAGAGAUUGCACUGCCACCCCCAGCUGCUGGCUUGGGAACUCCCCAGCGUGUUUACAUGGUGACCAUGAUGUGCAGCCCAUAAGGAAGCCCACAGGGAAGCGUGAACCACUGGGAAACUGGAAAAAGCAGCUUCCACUGGCAUUUCCCCCUAAUCUAAUCUACCUCAGUGAUUUAGGACUAACUCUUCCUAGCAUGUUUAGUUACAAAGAUAAGCUUGCACAUAUAAAUACGUUAUCAUUCCAAACCCACCUCCUCACAGAAUGUGGGAAGGUCAGGAUUCUGACCCCUCUGUCUUUCCUUCUCUAGUCUCUCUCCUUCUCCGAGACUGAGCCUCUUGAUUUCUGACUCUCAUGUUCACUUAUAGGCCUCGUCCUCUUUGAAGCCUGAUAUUGAUUACCGUGAAAUGUCAAUUGUCUGAUUGCAGUAGGGCACCUGGAAGUUAUUCAGAUAAGCAGAGGCGUUUUGAAUGUUAAUGAAGCCUGUUGGGAGCCGUGACCUUCUAAGUGAUGGUGUUUCAGGAAAAGGAAGAUCAGGCAAUUGAAAUGUCAUUCUCUUUUUUUUACUAGCUCAGUUUCUUUUUCUCACCACGAGACACUCAUUGAAUCCUGGGGCAUUUUGAUUAAAGAUAUGACCAUGUAUCUCUGCCCUCUGGACAGUUUUAGACAUCGAGAUAAAUAGGCCGUUCCAGGUUUUCUUGGUGUUGCUCAUUCAGGCUUAACUUUUCAGCAGUAAAUUUCCCCCUAAGUCAAGUGAAAACUGCUGUUUCUCCUGGUAUAUGGGUUGGGUCUCCAGCUAAAAAAUAUUGACUAAUUUUCAAACAUGCACAGAAAUACAACUGAGCAUCCCAAGCAAGUCUGCACCUCCAGACAUUUUAAAAAAAUAUCUCCUGAUGGAGCUUUUAUUUGGUUAUGAAGUGAAAGGGCUUAGCAGCUUCAGAAACCUCACUACGUUGUCCCUUCCUUGCAGGUAUGGGAUGGAAGGCAUGUUGUGGGGGAAGGUGGCUUAGUAAUGAAGGGAGCACAUCUCAACUGGGGCUCGUGAGAGAGUAAAUUAGGCCCUCUAGGAAAAAGUUCAAGGGAGUCUUUGUGAAUUCUCCCAAGGAUGGAACAUUCUAGAUAGGAGGGAUAGAAGCAAAUCAUUCUAUACAUUGGAAGCAUUGGGGCUUCGUAUUCUUGUGGAACCUUGUUGAGAAGGGCAGGUGUCAUCCAGGAAAGGAGGGACCACUGUACUUUGCUGUGCAGCAUGGGGAAAAGGGAGCAUUUAUGGACAUCAAACAGGGUGAAACUUUCCUCUUGAUUUUCAGAGGCUUCACUUUUGUGCUUUUUAUCCAAGUCAGGUUAGUGCCCAAAACAAAGCAAACAAAUAAACAAAGGCCUUUAUUUUAAGCCAACAUUGUAACAUCUCCAUUCAUUCUGCAGCUCAAGGUGAGGCUCCCCGAGGUCCCCAAAUUUUAGUGUGUGUGAAACGCCCAGAGUACAGACUUUGAGCGAUGCCUGUUAUCUAGCUGCGCUGGCUCAUGUUCAGCAGUUGCAACAGCUCCAUGGCUGCAAUGGCUCAAUAUUCAGCAGUUCCUUCCCCACUCAACCACAACUUCAACAGUUCUAAAUCUGUUUUUGGCCAAGUCUUCAGGAUAUAACUUUGCCAGCAAUAUCACCUUGUUUAUUAAGCCCUAUCUUCCACCACCUGUCAGAAUCUCAGACCACUGUAACACUUUAGCUCCUCUUUAUGGAGUUGAGCAUUAUAGACAGAUGCUGUGGUUUGUGGAGCCUUGGUGGUCUCUGAUUAUAUAUGUGUCUGUGUAUGUAGAUAUACAUAUAUGCAGACGUAUAUAAUUAUGUUUGCACACAUAUUAUGUGUGCAUUUCCUAUCAUGUUGGGUGAAUGCAAUCAGUAGACUUGCUCCAUAUUAUCCUCUUAUAACUAGGAUUUUACAAAUGCUUUCAGAGUAAUUGGGCAGUAAUUGCUCAUUCCCAGGCCCAUUGUCUCCCAUGAUGCCUUCCAACUGCAUUCAUGAGUGCUCCCAGUCCAGCUCUAAACUGAAAAAGAUAGGCCAUCUAUUCCGUAGGGUGGUUCUGUGCGCUCAACAAAGGAUAAUUUCAGAAGAUUAUCAGAAAUUGCCAUGUACCUGGCAUCCGCUUGAGGACGGCACCGUCUCCUCUUUGCUCAAGCACUGACAUGGCUGCCUGUUUCUUAACUGCAGAUCCAACCUGACCCGCAGGGCCCUCCCCAGUAUCCUUCUAGCCACUUUUGAACUCUAUUUCUUCUAACUAUCCUAGCUAAACUGAACCAUUUACUACCUUCUGGUCAUACUGUUGCUUUUCCGUUUCUCUUCUGGCUGUUUAUUGAGCCUGGAGGGCCCACCCUGCUCCUAUUUCUUCCUUUACCAUCCUUAUUCCAUCUCUUUCUUUUGAUAUUCCAAGCAUCCACUGGAGUCCAUUUCACUUGCCUCUUUCUCAAGAGUAUUUCUGCUCCUUUCAACAGAAUGGAUUCUCUCCCUUUUCCAACCAAUCCCAGUGCUUUAUUUGGGCCUCUAUUCUGAUUGCCAUCACAGCCUAUCUGGGUAUUAGUUUGCUCUGUCCACAUCUUCGUGGACCCCUCCAUCACUGGGCUUUGAGCUUCCUGACAGUGGGAGUUUGGUUUUGUCCUACACCCCUUUAUAUUUCACCCAGCACUUAAGUGCCUUACUAAAUAAAUACAUUUAAUUGGUGUAAAACACAGAUUGGAGAAGGAUCCCAAAUUUUAUGCUGUCUUGAUUUUGCAUUAUAUGGAUCUCACAUUUGAUGAUCUGGCUAUAAUGUGUUGCAGGCCUUCCCAGUGUGUGUUCUACUGGUCCAAAAACAAAACAAAACAACAGGACAGAUUCUGGGUCAGCAAAUUUGGGAAACUUGCCCACCAUACGUCUUCUCGAAGACCCACAGUCCACAGAACAUUUACCUAGUAAAGGAGCCUGAUUUAACUUCACUAAAUAUACUAAAUUUGCUUGACUUCAGAACUAUGAUCCCCUCUGCAUUAUAUACACACACGCUGCACUACACUUCUAUGAGAAAUUCUUGGUAGUGCAGAUGGUGCUGUGUAAUGGACAAGGGCUUAGGAAAAAGGGCUCCACAGUACAAGAACCAGGUGUUGAACCCCAGUGAGACAAUACCUGGGUUCUGAGCAGAGAGAGGGCAAUGAAACCAUCCCAACAACUCUCUCUUCCCUGACUGGGAUAGGGCACCUCUUCUGCCGGAUGCUGGAUGGGGUGUCGAAUGAAGCUGAUUCUUCACAAGAACAGAAUUAGAAUGGAUUUGAGAAUAUUUUAAUAAGUGUCUCAUGUGAAGCACUUGGCUUUCUUAAAAGACACAGCUAAUGAGCUUUAUUCUCUACAUGAAAAGCAGAAAGAAAUUUAGUAACCAAAUGAAAGAGUUCCCAGAGGUGCAAUCGGAACAGCCCCUCUUAACAAGGAUCUGUCCUCCAUGGAAUAGCCGGUUUGCCACCUUCUCCCAGGGUCCCAGGCAUGCUGCUAAACACGUGGCUCAGAAAGGAGCCCAGGCUGGUGUUUGGGAGGCAGUAGGAUUGCAAAGAAAUUCAUACACAACACACUUGACCUGUAAAAUUGCCAUUUCCAUUUAAAGUGAGCUCUACACCCAGCUAGAUGAGCAGCUGGUCUAAGUUGUCACCAUUUUUUAACUCUUGUGCCCACUUGCCACUAAUCUGUCAUUCCUGUUUGACGACAUCAGUCAUCUGCAUGGCAGCUGGCAGAUGCUAAAGGCUAGCAGGAAGACCUCAGGACUGUGGGCCACCUGUCAGGGGAGUGAGGGGGCUGUCAGCUGACACUUCUCCCCCUUAUCUAACAGUGCUGGGGCCAAAGACUGGAAUGCAGGUUUGACCAUCAGCUGAUGUUUCCUGUAAACAUAAAGAUGAAACAGUCGCCUUUUGAGACUUUCGUAAUGCAGAGACUUAAGCUGCAAGCGUGGGUGGAGAGGUUUGUUUUAUAGUCUUGAACAAGGUUUCUGCUGACUUCUGUGUCUGUCUGGUUUCUUUGCAGUUCCUCAGCACUUUGUUUGCCCCCUUAAACUUUGUCAUGGAGAAAGUGGAGAGCAUCCUCCCAUCCAGUCUGUGGCACCAGCUAACACGGAUCUGAGAGAAGCCCCGUCCUCCAUUCACCUCACCCGCCGCUGCCACCGUCUCCUCCGUGCCAACUCCUUGUGGACCGCAAGAAAGCAUGACUUUGAAAAAGGGAAGCCAUUCCGAGAUUUUAAAAUGUUCAUGGAGUAUUCCAUAUUAAAAGCUGUUUUUGUUGUACAAAAUUCACUGAUGUUCAGUUCUAUUUUAUUUUGCCUUCAGAAAAGAAGAAGAAAGUCAAAAAUAAAACUUUUGUGUAUUGCAGCAGUCAUUUGUAUCCUCCUGUGUCUUCCAACCCUAAAAUUGUUGAUGUCCCAAAUAAACCUUUGGGUUUACCUUGA